AUGUAUUUUAUUGCUAAUAACACUUUCAUCGGUAAUAGAAUAGAUCAAAAAAGUUUUUUUAGCCGUAUUAAGGAAACUGGUUUAACCUUAGUAAUUCCAAUUAUUCAUAGCGUGAUUAAUAGUUUAAAACAAUCAAGAAAUGAAGAAGUGUUCAAUGCAAUUUUAAAAGACUGUGAAAAUUUAUUACCUGAAACCGAAACUGAAUCUCCAAAACGCAAGAGAAAGACUACUAUAAAAUUGAAUGAAUAUAUUUUAAGUGAAUCAUCUGGUACUUAUACAAAUUAUGUCAACGACGAUAUUAAUAUUUCAUUAUUAUCUACAUUUUAUGAAGUUAUUGAUAUAAUUAAAUCUGAGAUGGAAACUCGUUUUGAAAAAAAUGAUGAACUUAUUAAAGCUGUUUCUAACAUAUACGAAUUGAAUUACGAUGAUUUUAAAAUAUUUAAUGAUCUUAAAAUUAAUAUUCCUUCAAAAGAAGAAAUAAUUUGUGUAAAAAAUUAUUUAAAAGAAAAUAAUAUAUCUAAUAAGAACAUUUUUUUAGAGCUUUAUCAACAACGUAAAGCAUUUAAAGCUACAUAUGAAAUGAUAGCAGCAGUUGAAGUAUUUGGAUGUAGCUCAGCAGUUUGUGAAUUGCAGUGA